UGAGAAGAAUUCAAAAAUCAUCUUGUGAUCGUCGAAUCGAGUGGUUAGACUUGUGCGUUGCUAAAAAACUUUUAAUCCAAAUUCGUGAAAAUGAAGUACUUCCUAGUAUUCCUGGUCGCCUGCAGUUUGGCCAUUUCAUACGCUGAGGGUCAAGAACUACUGCAAAAGGCUAAAGCACUCGCUAAUGACUGUAAGCCGGAAUCUGGUGCCAGUGAUGCGGAUAUUGAGGCACUGUUCAAACAUGAACCGGCUGCAAAUGACAAAGCUAAGUGCCUGAACGCGUGCAUUAUGAAAAAAAUGGGUUUGGUCGAUGCUGGUGCCAAAUUAAAUGAGGACGCUGCUUCGAAUAUAUUAAAGGCAGUUGCUGAGGGUGAUGCAAACCGAGAAAAACUCGGUAAAGAGCUUAUUGAUGCUUGCAAAGAUACCCCAGCAAAGGGCAAUGAGUGCGAAAGCGUUGAAGCGUUGCGUGAGUGCUUCAUUGCAAAGGCAAAGGAAAAUGGCUUUAGAUUACCAUGGUAAAUGUGCUAAUUAUCCAGCGGCAACUGAUUGUAGAUGUCCUAAGGAAAUGGUUGUGCCGGCUACUGUUUUCUACUUAAUCUUUGAAUUUUUAAAAUGACAUGCAGUCCAUACAGUAAAUAAAUAAAUUUAACAAGCAAGAAUUAAAAAAAACAAA